AUGCGCAUGCUCGAUUCUAUCCAAGCCCAAUAUCCAGGGAAGUUUCGUCAAGCUCAGACGUUGCUCACCAAGGAAAUUGACCGUGUCUGGAGUGACAUAUAUUUGCACGCUGUGCAGGAUUAUCAAGUGCAGCCCGUUGAUUCACAAAAUGUAAUUAUUUUGUGGAUAUCAUUGGAAAAGUGCAAAUUGAUCGGGCGUAUCCUUGGACCGCGUGGAAUGUCGGUGAGGCAACUUGAAGCACAAAGUGAUUGUCAAAUUCUGAUUCGUGGAAAAGGUUCUAUAAAGGAUCCACGUCGUGAGGCACGUCUUCGUCACCGUUUUGGUUGGGAACAUCUGACGGAACCUCUUCAUGUACUCGUUACGGCUACAGACAUAUCACGUGAACGCUGCACACAGAAACUUGCAAAUGGUGUGCAAAAAAUCAAAACGUUACUAAAAAGUAAUAAUGACGAGUAUAAGCGUCUCCAACUGGUUCAACUUGCCAUUAUAAACGGUACAUACCGUCCGAUGAGAGCACAGAAAUGA